UUAACAGAGGGGCAGGCCCAGAGGAUGCGCACACACACACAAACUAACACACACACUCUCUUUGGAGGCUGGCAGAGAUAUAGAAGGAAGGCUUUUAGAGACGGAGCAUCUAAGUAGCUGAAAGAUAUGGCUUCCGCUCAGGCAUCGCCCUGUGUGACCACAUCACUAGAGAAGCACCUCAUGUGCACCAUCUGCAUGGAUCAAUUUGUGGAUCCUGUCACGACAACUUGUGGCCACUCCUUUUGUGAGCUAUGUCUGCGCCGCAACUUCAGGUACAAUGACAUGAUGUGCCCCCUUUGCAAGGAACCUCUUAGAGGAACCCAAAAUGUCAACAUUGUCCUGAAAAACAUUAUUGAAGAUAUGAAAAAGAAGACCGCAACAAAAGAAGAUGACGAGUACACUGGGGCGCCCGGCGAAGUGGCCUGUGACAUUUGCACGGAGCCGAAGCUGAAGGCUAAGAAGUCCUGCCUUGUGUGUCUCGCCUCGUAUUGUUCAACCCACCUGGAGAAUCAUUUUUCGACUAAAAGGCUGAAGGGCCACAAGUUGGUGCAACCUGUGGAGAACUUGGAUGAGAGGGCCUGUCUCCAGCAUGGACGCCCCCUGGAGCUGUUCAGCAGGAAGGCGGGGAGAUGCAUCUGUGUGCUGUGCAUGGAGGAGCAUCAGGAAGAGGUGGUUCCUACUGAAGACGAAUGGAACAGGAAGAAGGCUAAGCUUGAAAAGACCAAGAUGGAGUUACGAGAGAAAAUUGAGAUGAGAAAAACUCAGCUGGAUGAGGUCGAUGCAUCUUUAAAGGACUGUGAGGACCAGCUGAUUGAUGAGCAGUGGGAUAUUGAUACUGUGUUCACAACUGUGAUUGCCAUCGUGAAGGAAGCCCAUGCCACAGCUGUUCAGCCUCUUGAAGACAGAAGGCAGGUCGUGGUAAAAGAGGCCAAGGACAUCGAAGAGAAGUUGGAAGCGGAGAUCCAGGGGCUUCAGAAAACCAUCUCUGAGCUGGAGGACAUGUCAGCACUUGAGGAUCACAUCCUUUUCCUACAGAGUUACCCAUCUCUGCCAGACCUGGACAACAUUAAAGACUACCUGGAGGUCAUGCUGGACACAUCACUGUUAUUUGGCAGCCUGAGAAAAAACACAACCACCAUGUUGGAAUCGAUUCAACAGGAACUGAAGAAGCUGACCCCCAUUGAACUACAAAGAAUUCCAAAGUAUACAGUGGAUGUAACACUGGAUCCAAACACCGCGCACCAACGCCUCCUUCUCUCUGACGAUGGUAAAGAAGUCAUAGACAGUGGAGAGAACCAAGAUGUUCCCGAUUCCCCAGAGAGGUUUGACAAGUUUGGCAGUGUCCUCGGAAUCAACAAGUUGACCUCUGGGAGGUCCUACUGGGAGGUGGAGGUCAGGAACAAGUCCGGGUGGGAUCUGGGGGUAGUGAGAGGCAAGGCGAACCGUAGAGGUAAACUCUCGUUGACCCCUAAUAACGGGUUCUGGGUUGCUGUUCAUUAUGAUAAUAACAAGUAUGCAGCCCUGACAGUUCCACCGGUCGCUCUUUCCCUGAAGGAGAAACCUCAGAAGGUGGGAGUGUUUGUGGACUACGAGGAAGGUCUUGUGUCAUUUUACAAUGUGACAACCAAAACCCACAUCUACUCAUUCAGUGGGUGUUCAUUCAAAGACGAGAUCUUCCCGUAUUUCAGCCCACAUUUACAAAAAGAUGAGAAAAAUGUGGAUCCCUUGAUUAUUUCUUCUUUUAGUAAAUGUGAGCAGGAGAUGGAUGUGUCGUGGACUCCCAGAGCAGUCUAAGAUAAUAUGAAAAAUAUGGUAACGUUUUUUGUAAAGACACGUUCAUGUCUUGUGUGAAGUUUCUGACCACAUGAAGCACAGAAGUAUGUCAAAAACGUACGCAAAUUAUAAAUGUGUCCUUAAUGGUAAACACUGGAAAUACUUGGGUCGACCAAAACUAGGUUUAUAAUCCAAACUAUAUCAUCUUGAUCUCAUUCUGUUUUAAGAACCCAGCAGCACUAGCAUGUUGAUGCAGUUAAAUGGUUUAUCAUACAGACCAGGGGUUCCCAAACUUUUCAGCCCGCAACCCCCAAAAUAUAGGUGCCAAAGACUUGCGACCCCCACUGUCCCUCAAAGUGAUUUAAUGUGUCUUCAUUUAGCAGGUCUGGAGAAAAUUAGCCGACAUAUAUGAGCAUGUAUCUGUGUUUCCUAUGCUGUUAUGAAUUAACCUGCUGCUACUGAUGCUUUUGAUAAUUACCUGUUCACUGACCCUAAACUUAGGAGUCAUCUGACAACAAAGGA